AUGGACCCCUCAUACAUGGAGAAAACGUGGGACGAACUUCCCGACCCGAAGCGCGUAUGGGUAGGAAAACCCGGCAGUCGGGAAGAAGGGCUGGGCAGACUUGUCCUGCUGACUCCAGAGCGGGUGGCUCACGCAGCGCAGACACAGAUCAAAACGGGCAUUCGUGUUAAUCUGGGGUGGGAUCUGAAUAAGCUGGAGUUUGCUUGUUUCAAUCGACAACCCUGUGAGCUGAAAAUGGUGCCGUUGCUUGGCGGCGUGGCGUUUGAUGAUAUCUACGUUAUGAAUCCACAACAGAGUAGCCAGUGGGAUGGUCUGCGACACUUCUCCAUGCCUUGCGAAGAAGGCAGCCAAGAGCGUGUGUUUUACGGCGGAACCACCAAAGAAGAAAUCCUGGACCGCUCCAAUGAUCGCAUUGGGAUUCACCACUGGGCCCAAGAGGGAAUCACAGGACGUGGGGUGCUCAUAGACUACGCAUCAUGGGCUGAGAAGCGAGGCAUAACAUACUCAACCUUCUCACUGCACACCAUCAAACUCAGCGACAUACUCGCUAUUGCACAAGAGUGCAACAUCACCUUUCAGCGCGGCGACAUCCUGCUCGUGCGCGUUGGCGUGAUCAAAGAGUGGGAGCAUUCCAUGGACGUGCAGGCCAAGAAGGCUUAUGCGGCGACUACCAGCCCGCAGCAUGCGGGUGUAGAGGGAACCAUGGACGUGCUCAAGUGGAUAUGGGAUACAGGAUUUGCGGCUGUGGCUGGCGAUGCCAUCAGUUGGGAGGUAUAUCCGCCUCCGUCGGGGACUAUUUUGAUGCAUGAGUAUAUGCUGGCUGGAUGGGGAAUGCCAAUUGGUGAAUUGUUCGACUUGGAAAAGUUGGCAGAGACAUGCAAGCAGCAGAACCGCUGGACAUUCUUCAUGUCGUCUUCGCCAUUCAACAUGAGAGGCGGUAUUUCCUCGCCACCAAAUGCCCAGGCCAUCUUUUAG